UCCAGGCUGUAUGGCAAUGUUCCAGAAGCAUUCUCUCCUGACGCUUCGCCCACAUUUAUGGUAGGCAUCCUCAAACCCCCCUUCAAACCCUCCUCAAACCUUCCUCAAACCCUCCCCAAACCCUCCUCAAAUGCUCAAACACUCCUUAAACCCUCAAACCCUCGUGAAACCGUCCCCAAAUGAUCAAACUCUCAAACCGCCAAACCCUCCUCAAACCCUCCUCAAAGCAUGCUCAAACCCUCCUCAAACCCUAAACUGUCAAACCAUCAAACUGUCAAACCCUCCUCAAACCCUCCCAAAACCCUCCUCAAACGCUCCCCAAACGCUGAAACCCUCAAACGUUUCAAACGCUGAAACCCUCAAACCCUCCUUAAACCCUCAAACCCUCCUCAAACCCUCAAACCCCCCUCAAACCCUCAAACCCUCCACAAACCCUCAAACCCUCAAACCCCCCUCAAACCCUCAAACUCUCAAACCUUCCUCAAACCCUCCCCAAACCCUCCUCAAACGCUCAAAAACUCCUUAAACCCUCAAACCCUCGUGAAACCGACCCCAAAUGAUCAAACUCUCAAACCGUCAAACCCUCCUCAAACCCUCCUCAAACCAUGCUCAAACCCUCCUCAAACCCUAAACUGUCAAACCCUCAAACUGUCAAACCCUCCUCAAACCCUCCCCAAACCCUCCUCAAACGCUCCCCAAACGCUGAAACCCUCAAACCCUCAAACGUUUCAAACGCUGAAACCCUCAAACCCUCCUUAAACCCUCAAACCCUCCUCAAACCCCCAAACCCCCCUCAAACCCUCAAACUCUCAAACCCUCCUCAAACACUGCCCAAACCCUCCUCAAACCCUCCUCAAACCCUCAAACUCUCCAAAACCCUCCAACCCUCAAACCCCCCUCAAACCCUUAAACUCCCAAACCCUCAAACCCUCCCCAAACUGUCAAACCCUCCUCAAACCCUCCCCAAACCAUCAAACCCUCCUCAAACCUUCCUCAAACCCUCCUCAAACCCUCCCCAAACGCUCCUUAAACUGUCAAACCCUCCUCAAACCCUCCUCAAACCCUCCCCAAACCCUCAAACUCUCAAACCAUCCUCAAACCCUGCUCACACCCUCCCCAAACCCUCCUCAAAUCCUCCUCAAACACUCCUCAAACCCUCCUCAAACCCUCAAACUCUCAAACCCUCCUCACACCCUCCCCAAACCCUCCUCACACCCUCUCCAAACUCUCCUCAAAGCCUCUCCAAACUCUCCUCAAACCCUCAAACUCUCAAACCAUCCUCAAACCCUCAUCACACCCUCCUCAAACCCUCGUCCCCAAACCCUCGUCCCCAAACCCUCGACCCCAAACCUUCGGCCCCAAACCCUCGACCCCAAACCCUCGACCCCAAACCCUCGGUCCCAAACCCUCGAUACCAAACCCUCGCCUCGACACCCUCGUCCCCAAAACCUCGCUCCCAAACCCUCGCUCCUGAACCCUCGCUGCCAAACCCUUGCUCCCUAACCCUUGCUCCCAAACCCUCGAUCCCAGACCCUCGCUCCUCAACCCUCGCCCCAAAAACCUCUGCCCCAAACCCACGCUCCCAAACUCUCGCUCCAAACCCUUGUCCCCAAACCCUCGCUCCCAAACCCUCGCCUCGAAACCCUCGCUCCCAAACACUUGCUCCCAAACCCUCUCACGCAAACACUCGGCUCCAAACCGUCGGCCCCAUACCCUCGGCCCCAAACCUUCGGCCCCAAAGCCUCAACCCCAAACCCACGGCCUCAAACCCUUGAUCCCAAACCCUCACCUCGAAACCCUCGUCCCCAAAACUUCGCUCCCAAACCCUCGCUCCCGAACCCUCGCUGCCAAAUCCUCGCUCCCUAA